AUGUGGAAUCGCUCUGCAGUGACUCAGUUCCUCCUGAUGGGAAUCCCGCACACCACUGGGAUGGAAAAUGUGUUCUUUGUCCUCUUUCUGGCCUUCUACCUGCUCACACUCCUGGGAAACCUGCUCAUUCUUCUGGCUAUCCUCACCUCCUCCAACCUUCACACCCCCAUGUAUUUCUUCCUGGGAAACCUGUCAGUGUUGGACAUAUUUUUCCCUUCAGUGAGUUCUCCCAAAAUGAUGCUCUACUUAAUGGGGCUAAGCCGCACCAUCUCUUACCAGGGCUGUGCUUCCCAGCUCUUCUUCUACCACUUCCUGGGCUGCACUGAGUGUUUCCUGUACACUGUGAUGGCCUACGACCGCUUUGCUGCCAUCUGUCACCCUUUGCGGUACACUGUGAUCAUGAGCCACAAGGUGUGUGUCGUCCUGAGUGUAGGCACGUGGCUGGGGAGCGGUCUGCAUGCCUCUGUGCUCACGUUCCUCAUCUUCAGGUUGCCCUACUGUGGCCCCAACGAGGUGCACAAUUUUUUCUGUGAUAUCCCCGUGGUGCUUCCUCUGGCCUGUGCCGACAUCUCCCUAGCGCAGAUGGUGAGUUUCACCAACGUGGGUAUGGUUGCACUCCUGUGUUUUCUGCUUAUUCUCACUUCCUACACUCGUAUUGCUCUGUCUAUACUAAAAAUCCGCUCCUCAGAAGGCAGGCGCCGUGCCUUCUCCACGUGCAGUGCCCACCUGACCUCCAUCCUGCUCUUCUAUGGCCCGGUGGUCCUCAUUUACCUGCGACCUGCCUCCAGUCCCUGGCUGGAUUCUGUGGUUCAGGUACUGAAUAAUAUUGUGACCCCUUCCCUGAAUCCUUUGAUCUAUUCCUUGAGAAACAAAGAGGUCAAGUUGGCUCUGAGGAAGAGUAUAAUACAUGCAUCAGUGGAGGGUGGACUUCCAGAAUCCAGUCCAGAUGUCCUAUAUGUACACUGUGCACUAAGGAAAAUGUAA